AACCGCACUUUAUCAUUCCCGUAUUGCACAGAUGCUUCCAAAUACCCUCAAUCUCGUUUUGGACUUUGACGGUACCAUUACGAAAAAAGAUACAAUCGGUACACUAGCAGAAAUCGGCCUCCAAUUCCAGCAGCAGCGCGGGGUCGAUCUCUCUUCGAAUUGGCAGGAGAUCCUCCUGGAUUACAGCAAAGACCAUGCCGACCAUGUGUCCACAUAUCUUCCAAUCGCAGAUAACAGACUCUCGCUCGAAGAAGAGCUCGCCUUCUUGCGGGGUCUGAACGAAGUUGAGUCGCGAUCUGUCCAGAGAGUCGAGAGGUCAGGCAUCUUCCGGGGCAUCAGUCGGGAAUACCUGACACUUGUCGGUAAAAAUUGCCGGAGAGAAGGAAGAGUCGAUCUGAGGGAUGGCUUUGCGGAGCUCAUGGACGCUGCCAAACAGAGAGGCUGGUCCGUCGCGAUAGUCUCUGUCAACUGGUCGGGAUCAUUCAUCAAGGGUGUCCUCUCGGACUAUAGCGUCGACAUCGUCGCUAAUGACAUCGAGUUAGAUGGGAGCAUCUCAGGGCCGGAAGUGACGGGUUCAACGGCGCGGCAGCCGUCCCUGAUGACGUGCGAGGAUAAGCUGCGCGCUCUUCAUAUAUUAGCAGCUCGUAGAGGCGUGGAGGAUGUUGGGACGCUGGUGUACUUUGGUGACUCCACUACAGAUAUUGAGUGUCUUUUGGCAACCCAAGGGGUUGUGAUUUCAUCCAAUGCCGAGUCGAGUUUGAUGAAGACAUUGAGAAGAAUAGGGUAUCGAGUGCCAAAGGUGGAGGAUGUUCGGGCGUCCGAAGGCACAGCAUGGGCAUCGACGUUUGUAGAGGUUCUCAAAAGCGAGUUCCUGUCUUUGAAGGAAACAUUGUAAUGAAUUUUCUAGUCUCGACCACUCAUAUUCCGCCCUUUGGCUGUGCGAAUGUUACGUUACGCAGUGCUGUUGUCCUAUAAUCGGUUCUUUGUUCAGAAACAUCGAGUUGACAACCACACAAGAACCUAGUCCUCUUUGUUUACUUGAGUACAGAACAUCUCUUUAGAAACCUGAGAUAAUACGUUCCCAUCUG